AUGAGUGGUAUCCACACGCUGCAAGUGACGCUCGUGUGUGCAGGCGACUUGGCUGCCAGUGACUUUGGGUUCAUGGGCUUGGGCGGCAAGAGCGACCCGUACGUGGUGUUCAAAGUCGGACGCCUGAGUCAAAAGAGCUCCGUCGUCCAGAACAGUCUCCACCCGCGAUGGGAACCCGCUGAGACGUUCCAGUUCCAAGUGGACCGGCCGAAAGAAAAGUGCCUCGAAGUGCACGUGAUGGACUACGACCGGUUCAUGAAGGACGACUGCAUCGGCAAGGCGAACGUGGCGCUCGCGCCGUUUCUGGACAAGCGACAGUCGGAGCUCGUGUCGUACGACCUCGAAGUGCCGCCGGACUAUGACAAGCAGAAGCGCAAGUCGGUGCUCUUUCUUGAGGUGAAACUCACGCCCAACGAACAAGUGGACCAAGUGCUCGAGCUCUGGGAGAACCAGCGGUACCACAUUGUCAAGAAAUGGACCACUGACACGCUCAUUGCGGGCUCUACGGAGCGCAAACGCUGGAGCUCCGUCACUGAUGCCAACAUCUCGUCCAAUGCUUUUGAAGAAGUGGCGCCCAAGGUGCCGAGUCAUCUGAAGGCGGAGGGCUGGACCCUUGAUGUCUCACAAGGAGAUGACAAUGGCUGGAUCUAUGCGCCGUCGUUCUCGGGGCAGUGGCAAAAAGACCCCUUUACAUUAGCAAUGGUGAGACGACGCAAGUGGAUUAAUAGGUGCGCUGCUCCAGAUCAUCAGUAG